UACGGUAUCGAGCUGCCCACUCAGACACGGCUGACAGAAAGUCAGCCGUCGAGCAGCGAGGAUGGGCCGAGAUACGGAUAGCUUCCGUUACUCAAAGCCAGCAUGGAUAACCCGAGUGGAGCCCAUUGAAACAUGCGCGCGCGCUUCAUCCCAUCUGAGCUCGCAUCCAGACUCUUGAUACUUACAUGUACCGUAUUGGUAGACCAUUGUCCGGCUCUCCGGUCGUUGGCUCGACCCCCGAGUGCAGAGCUGACGCGAGCGGGCUUGUCUAUUUUGCGUGGGUGGCGAAACAACUGUACAUAUAUGUACUCAGGUGAGCGUCUGUGUUGGAGGGAAACACCCUCCCCUCAUUGAUGCAUGAAACCCACCAAACCAAAGCUAGAAACACAUCUAAGAGCCAGAAACACGAAUCAGUCGGUGAAGACCUAUCGGUCUUUCCA